AAUGUAAUUAUAUGUAGUUAAUUUUUUGUGGUGUUUGAGAACAUUUGCUAAAGGUCAAUGUGAUUUUUUUCUGGGAUUACAGAACUUUCUUCCUGAAACUGUCUGGAUUCGCAGGUUCUCAUGACUUCCCCCUUACUAGUGCUCACUGUGCUUAGAAGGAACAGCAGAGAGGCUUGUGCUGGGAGCCCUGGAAAGACUCCAGUGGCUGGUCUGAGUGCAGGGGUAUGGGGCCGGGGCUUGGCCUGAGAAAGACCUUUCAUUCCCAGUCUGUUUUGUGAUUGAUGGCUUCAUGGAGCUUCUUCAGAUACCCCUGGGGAGUAAACAGUAAUACUGAGACCUGUUACAUUCAGAUUGUGCAGAAAGGAACUUUUCCCUAAAAUCCUUAUUUCUGCUUUUGAAUUAACUUUUGAAAAGAUUGGGGAGAACUAUCCCUGCCCUAUGCUCCUAAGAUCUGCUUAUGGCUCAUCCUUUAUGUACUUCUAGUGUGUUACAGGAGCCACUGUAGUUGAGCAUGGCUGAGGUUGUGACAAAUGUGGGAGAUGGGCCAGGUAUGGUGGUGCAAAUUUGUAAUCCCAGCACUCAGGAGGCUGAGGUAGCAGGACCCUUGUGAGUUCAAGGCCAAUCUCAAGUGAUAUCGAGUCCCUGUCUCAGAAAGAAAAAAACAGAAAUCUGGAAGAUGGGUUCAGUACUUCUUGGUCUAAGCAUCACAGGCAUGUUGGAAUGAGUGCCUGCUGUGAAAACAAAAGCAGUGCUGCUACUGUUCCUAUGUUUCAGAGUCGGGUUUAGAAUCUAUGUCUGGUCCACUCUAAGCCAUUUCCCAUGCCUCCAAUCUUUUCCUUAUGCUUUCCAGGUAAAAUAAUUUCCACGCAUAUAACUCAUGCUUUUGGCAGAUACUCUAUGUAGGGUGAUAGGGUUCUGUACUCUUUCCCCUGCCCCCUUUUCACAUUUAGAAGUGUCUGUUGUGGUCUGCAGGCAUCUGAGCUGCUCAUUAUUAUUCAAACCUAGAUCAGCUGGCAGUAUCUCUGUGUCUUUUUGGCAGUGAGAUUUGUCUGUUGACAGGAGGAGGAAGUCCUUGUCAAGUGGGCAGGGUGAUAGUGCUGAGAUAGGUAAGAGACUGGCCAGCAAGACACUUUAAAAGGAACCACUUAGAGCAAAUUUGGAUCAAAAGCAUAGAAAAUCCUCAGCUUUAGUCUUCCAGUGAUCAAACACUAAAUUUUGGUGAGGCAGCAAUAUGUGAAAUGAUACAUAUUUUGAAAAUAUGCAGACAGUGGAUCAAGGUUUGUGUUACUAGAUGUAGAAGGAAAAGUGUGUAUUGCAAACUUUUUUUAAGUUUAGUGAGCAUAGAUAGUGUAUGGGAAAUAAAACACAGAGAAAGGCUGUUGAUAUUUUAACCUUAAGACUUCUAGAUCUUCUGAGACAUAAAAUGUAGGUUUUAUAAUUAAUUGUGUAAAUUUUCCUAUCUACUUGGCAGUAGCAGUGCCACUUUAAAGGUAUUCAGAAAAAUUAGGCUGUCAGUCAUUCACAUUUUACCAGGUUAGAUCUAUAAAUUCCGGGCUCCUCCAGUUCUGGCAAAUUGCCUUUCAAAUGGAAGGAUUCAUUUACACCGGCCAGGACGCCUUGUAUGACCAUAUUAGAUGAAAUUAGACUCCACCCCCUGUUUUCUGUUGAUCUGCCAGGACCUUUGUAAUUCAAGUGCUUUUUACAGUAGUAGCAAAUGUUACAUAAGCCCAAACAUGGAGCAUAUUUGGAGUUGGUGGGCAGACUCAAACCAUGAUGCAAGCCUGCAGUAGCAAGUGUGCACUGAAGCACAGCCGAAUUCUGUGAAUGGAAGGUAACAGGACGCCUCUCCAGAGCAGCACUUCCUCUGCGCAGGAGCUGAAAGCUCCACUGGAAAGAAGACAUAGCUCAUCCAACAAACCUUCUUUGGCCGUUCCUCCCGCUUCCGUAUUUCCCUUCUUCCCUUCUCUGUCCAAAAGCAAAGGAGGCAGUGCAAGUGGAAGCAGCCGCUCUUCCAGUGGAGCGGCUGUGAGCGCAUCUUCGUCCAGUUCCAGGUCACUAAAGUCACCCAAAGAGAAACCACAGCUCAGGGGGAACACCAGGCCAAUGCACCCCAUUCAGCAAAGUCGAGGCCCCCACGGCAGAAUCAUGACACCCUCUGUGAAAGUGGAGAAGAUUCAUCCAAAGAUGGAUGGCACACUACUGAAACCUGCAGUGGGGCCCACCUGCCCUGCUACUGUGAGCUCCUCAGUCAAGCCUGGCCUUAACUGCCCCUCAAUACCAAAGCCAACCUUGCCUUCACCUGGACAGAUUCUGAAUGGCAAAGGGCUUCCUGCACCUCCCACUCUGGAGAAGAAAUCCGAAGACAGUUCCAAUAACAAGAAGUUUUUAAAUAAGAGAUUAUCAGAGAGAGAGUUUGAUCCUGACAUCCACUGCGGCGUCAUUGAUCUCGACACCAAGAAGCCCUGCACCCGGUCUCUAACAUGCAAGACACAUUCCUUAACCCAGCGGAGGGCUGUUCAGGGUAGAAGGAAACGAUUUGAUGUGUUAUUAGCCGAGCACAAAAACAAAACCAGGGAAAAGGAAUCGAUUCGCCAUCUGGACUCUCAGCAACCACUGCAGCCUCUCAGGGACCCGCAUCCCGCCCCACCCCGAUUGUCCCAGGAGCCGCACCACAGUGCUCACGGAGUGACUCCUUCCGAAUCCAAGCCUUUCGUAGCUAGUAAACCUAAACCUCACACCCCCAGUCUUCCAAGGCCGCCAGGUUGCCCUGCUCAGCAAAGUGGGAGUGCCCCCAUCGACCCGCCUCCAGUCCAUGAGUCUCCACACCCUCCCCUGCCUGCCUCUGAGCCAGCUUCUCGGUUAUCCAGUGAGGAGGGCGAAGGCGAUGACAAAGAAGAGUCUGUUGAAAAACUGGACUGUCAUUAUUCAGGUCAUCAUCCUCAGCCAGCAUCUUUUUGCACAUUCGGGAGCCGGCAGAUCGGUAGAGGCUAUUAUGUGUUUGACUCCAGGUGGAACCGACUUCGCUGCGCCAUCAGCCUCAUGGUGGAGAAGCACCUGAACUCGCAGCUGUGGAAGAAAAUCCCGCCAGUACCCAGCACCACAUCGCCUGUCUCCAUGCGUGCUCCUCACCGGACAAACUCUGUGCCCACGUCACAGGGUGGGGUUAGCUAUCUUUCAGCAGCCACUGUCUCCGCAUCCCCUGUUCUGCUGUCCUCUGCCUGCAUCUCCCCGAAUAGCAAAUCGGUACCAGCUCAUGGAACCACGCUAAAUGCGCAGCCCACCGCCUCCGGGGCGAUGGAUCCUGUUUGCGGCAUGCAGUCCCGACAAGUGUCUUCCUCGUCCUCAUCCCCAUCCACGCCCUCCGGCCUGUCCUCAGUCCCCUCAUCCCCCAUGUCCAGGAAACCUCAGAAGUUGAAAUCCAGCAAGUCUUUGAGGCCCAAGGAGUCCUCUGGAAACAGCACUAACUGUCACAACGCCAGUAGUAGUAAUAGUGGCGGCUCAGGAAAGAAGCGCAAAAACAGUUCCCCACUGUUAGUCCACUCUUCCUCCUCUUCCUCCUCUUCUUCUCAUUCCAUGGAGUCCUUUAGGAAAAACUGUGUGGCUCACUCUGGGUCCCCCUACCCGUCCACAGUGACAUCCUCCCACGGCCUGGGUCUCAGCUGUGUAACAAACCGCACGCACCCGGGGAGCCUCCGGCACGAGCAGUCAGGGAGGGGCCCCCCUGGUGGGAGCCCCACAGAAUCCAUCAAGCGCAUGAGUGUGAUGGUGAAUAGCAGUGACUCCACACUUUCGCUGGGCCCAUUUGUCCACCAGGCCAGCGAGCUGCCCGUCAACUCCCACGGCAGUUUUUCCCACUCACACACUCCUCUGGACAAGCUCAUAGGAAAGAAGAGAAAGUGUACCCCUGGCUCGAGCAGCAUCAACAACAGCAGUAGCAAACCCACGAAGGUUGCCAAAUUGCCACCCAUGAACAACGUCCACAUGAAACACACAGGCACCAUCCCAGGGGCGCAAGGCCUGACGAACAGUUCUCUUCUGCACCAGGAUAUCUCCUCAGCUUGCUUACGAACAGGAAUUUCAGCAGCAGCACCCCAGAGCCCUGACUUAAAAUCCAAAGGCGCGUCCCUGACAGCUGAGCACAGCACGGGGAGGAAUCAUCCGGACACUUUUGAGGACAAGUUGCACCUCCACUCAGCGCUCUGGACUCCCUGAUGCCUUGAAGUCGUGUCCUGGCUUCCUUGGCCUCAAGGGCGCCAGCCAGGUGGCUGUUUCCCAAGGAUCUCCCCGGAGCUAUGUCUGCAGCAGUGAGUACUCGUAAAGGACACUGGAUCAGGUCAGCCACCGGAUUGCUGUCAUCAGUGUUAAAGUGGUCUGGACUGCUUGCUACCAAUCUGUGAGGAAUUGUUGUUUUUGUCUUGUUUUUAACUUGCAGUAUAUCAUGGAGCCACUCUUCAGGUUUAUUGGCUGGGCAAGAGCGUUACUGUAGAUUUCCCUUUCUCCCCCUCCCUGCAGAUUAUUUCAGCACUGACUUCUGUAGGUCACGUUGCAGCCGGUAGGCACCUUAGCUCUGGAGACAGGGCCCUUCCAGGGACCUUCCAGAGGACAGAGCGCCAUGCCCUGAGUGACCUCUAGAAGAAGGGAUACUGGCUUUUGACUCUUACAGCAGUGUUCAGAAGUACAGUAUGGACAUUGGUGCAAGAUGUCGGGACAGACUCGCCCAGCCUUUUGCAAGUAAUUUGAAGUAAGAAGCUACCAGAAGUUUUGAACUUACAAACUGCUUUGAAGCCACUGAUGCCCAGGCAGCCAGUAUAAAGCAUAGCGGAGGCUAACUUUUCAUGGUACAAAAGCAAUUCUGUGUGAUUUAAGAAAAGGAUGAAAAUGCAAACUAGUUUUGAUAAUGGACAGCCAAACUGGGGGAGGGGUCAGAAUGGGAAGGGUAAAAUCACAAUGUUGUGGGGGUGGGGGAGGCUUCUAUCAAGAUUUCCAAAGAGAUGGGAUUUUCUUAGCCUUUAGGUUUUCUUGUUAAACCGUAUGUCAGAUUGGGUUGACUGUCCUACCCAGUGUUUUUUAAAGAAUUGCCUUUUUAAAGUGAAAUUAUUAGGAUGUACUUAAACAUUUCCAAGGCAUCACCCCCAUCCUCUUUGGAAGUUGCCCUGGGAGUAAGUACAUUUUUCUGCCUCCUGUACUCCUGGCUUGUGUGUGCCCCACCUGCUCUCAGCCACUGCUGAAGGUGACCUGGCUGCAGGUGGGGUGGGCAGCAGAUCCCAAGGCAGAGAAGUGGUUGGGCACUGAACCUGCCUUGCGGUGCCCACCUGGAGGCUGUGGUGAGGUGUGCAGUGCUUGACCCAACCAAUGCCGUUUCUUGGACUCCAUGCCAGCUGUCUUCCUGAUAGUGUUUUAGAGCCUCCCAGAUAUUCCGCCUGUGCCACACCCGAGGGGAAACUAAAGCAGUACAGCCUGAGGAGGUGCUGUUGAGUGCUGGGGUGACGGCCGCCACCACAGCUCCUAGGCUGAGACCCCAGUCCUCUGAGGAGAAGGCAUGGAGAAGGCUGAACACAGGGUAGGAUUUCAAGGCUCCGCUCACCGCCCUGGCCAGAGCCAGUCAGUGCAGCCUUUUUCCCUAUAGUUCUUGGGUUACAAACUUAAGUUUCAGGGAAUUUCAAGUCAACAACAGGUAGAAUGAAUAAAUACUUGGUUACCAGCCUAAUAAUGUGAAUUACUACAGAAUUAUUCUUAUUACGUAAGAAUACAAAGACUUUAUGCAGAUACUUUAGCUAUAAAUUGAUGUAAAAUAUUGAUUUUUUAAAGGAAGGGGCGAACAGUAUCUUGUUCACUUAUUAUGCAAUCAAUCAGUAAAUGUUUUUUAAAAGAUACUAUAUGGAAGCUAGUAAGGAGAGAGCAUGGAUGGGCCAGUUUGGUGCAGAGAAAUCAGUCUGGUUAUCCCAUUCCAGUAGGGGAGAGAGGGCUGAGAGGGAAUCAGAGCGUCCUUAGUGAUUCCUUGGUAACAAGUGCAAUGGGUACAGGCAGAAUUUACUUUCAGAGCCAAGGGGACUUGAUGAUGGUUAUAAAUUAAGUUGUUUUUAGUGAUGGGAUUUAUAGACAGAUCAUGUUGUUCCGAAAGAUGUGAAUAGGAUCCAUGAUAGCAAGCUGAUUCAGGAUAAUGUAGAUACUUAGAUUAGAGAGUGCUGAUCAUUUGAUUUCUUAGACUGAGGUUUUAAUUGAAUUUCAUUAUGUCUCCCAGUAAUACACAGAACAGCGGGAUUAGGAAAUUAGCCAUUUGGAUUCUGCCUGCCACAAACAGACCCAUUCUAAACAGUGCUAUUAAAUUUUAGACUGUUCAAAUGUUUUAUUUUCUCCAAAAACUACUUUUUAUUAUGACAAACAAUUAAGACCAUUUAAAAACACGGGAGUACAACUAUUUUUUUGAAUUAAAUUAACUUACCAGAACCAAAUUUGCAGUGGUUGGGUUGUUUCUAGACAGACUUUGGUAUCAAUUUAAAACCAAGAUAAUUUUUAUAUUCUUUCCAAUAGAAUUUCAUGACAACUUCUGCAGUUUUCUUAGCCUACAAAAAAAAAAAAAAAAAAAAAAAAAAAAGUGCUGCAAUGAUGAACAAAGAAUUAUACAAAACCUACUUUUGUAUCUUUAUUUUGGGAUUUCUUGUUCUAUUAUAAAUAUGGAAGUAUCCCUAUUUCAGAAGACAUAUUUUGUUAAAAAUGAAUUGUACAUAUUUAAAUAUGUAUUUUUGCACAGGUCUUUUUUUCUGAUAUCCUGUUUUGGUACAAUUGAGAUCAUCUAGUAUUUAUUUAUUAAUUAAUAAAAGUAAAUACCUUUUUAUAAUUUGAAGUGGUUCACUGCCAAGCCGAUAGUUCUGGAACCCGCCUCCUUUACAGUUUUGGGGACUGCUCUGUGGAAGUCUCUGUCCCUUUAACGUCUCAGAAGUGGACUCGUCCAGAAGCGGGCAUUGAUUGCUUCUCCCCAGCUGCCUGAUUUCCCAGUAGACUACACGUAACUAAGUGACACACUGCUUUUCUUCUGUUAGUGUUGUGUGUGUGUGAGUUUGUGUGAGUGAGCGUGCGUGUGCAUGUGUGCCUGUGUGUAUACACUCUGUGCACAUGUAUGUUACUAGUAUGUGAUACGAUUUCAGACUAAUGGAAAAAAACUGAAAGUGCCUGAACCUAGUUUUAAGCUUAGACAGAUUCUCUUUUAAAAGACUUGAAUGUUCAGUUGAACUUUUGGAGUUUGCUUUUUCCACCUAAAUAUUGUUUGUAAAAUUUUAGGGGGGAGGAGUUGAAAACUACCAAUGCUGGUGAUUUUAUAAGGUAUUUUACAGUUCAGAUCUUUUGGUUCACAGUACUAAGCUGGUAAUGGGUUACCCAGUGACACCAAGGGUUCCAAUCUCCUGUCCGCCAGCAGCUUACAUUUGUCUGUUUUGUUACUCAUGAAAUACAGAGUUUAAAAGAGAACAUUUAAAAUAUUUGUAUUCCAAAAAUAUAACACAAAGAAGUACCUCUGAGAACAUUGAAAAAAAAUGUGUAAUUUGAAAAAACGUAACUUACAAAGGCAGCUGUCUUCCUGCAAGAGAGUUCUGUUGCCAAGGAAUUUCUUAAUGUUUCAUUCUGUCCUGGGGUGGGGUGGACUCUGAAAAAUGAUUGUUAAAAGUUUCAUUGUUUAGAAGAAAAUCAUUUCUACAUUUUGUGCGAGACAUUUUACAUCGUCAGAUCAUUUAAGUGAGCACUACAUACUGUCAGUGUGAAUGUAGGGCUUUUGAAAGCAUCUUGCUGUUUUUGAGCUUGGUUCUAAAGCAAUCUCCUGUGUUGAAAUGUGUGAAUAGUUUGAUAAUUUGUACACAUAAUCAAGAGCAUCUCAGCUGGACUUGUGUUGGCUGCUGUAUAGAACAUGAACAAAUGUCAAGGGAUAGAAAAUUACUUUGGAUAUUUAAAAGAGAAGAAAUAUAUAGUCUAUUUGUUUUGUAACAAGUUUCUGUAAAUAAAAUAAUUUAUACUAUUUAUAAGAAAAAGUUGUGCUUUGCUUUAUGAGAAAUUAGUUUGUGGAACAAACAUGUUACUAAAUGGGCAAUAAAAUUAGGACUUCUCAAUAAAUAAGGUUGGCUGCAUGAAA